GAGGCUACGUGAGUCCUCGCUUGUCGGCUUCUCGGAGUAGGCGGCGCCGCUCCUCCUCUCUUGUCUCGUGCUGGUUUGGCGGGAAGGUGGAUCGUGGUCUACAUGUGGCGUGCUGCGGCGAAGCUCUCAGUUGGGGCAGCCGUUCUUGGCGGAGGAGCUACAGCCGCCGCCAUCGCCACCUCCGACGAUCCAUCGACCAACUUCAAGAUUUGCACUACCGUCCCUCUUCGCCUCCUCCGUGAUACCCUCACCGUAGCCACGAUCGUGGGAGACUAUCAAUACUCGCUUUGGAACCUUAAGGAGGGAAGCAUAGAGUGGUCCAAGGCAAAGCAUGAAGUUCACAAGCGAUCUGCUCAUAGAUUACAGGAUUUGUGUUUUCGCAAUGGAGGGAUAUAUAUCAAGCUUGGUCAACAUAUUAGUCAACUGGAAUAUGUAGUUCCGGAAGAAUAUGUUCAAAUAAUGAGGGCGUCGAUGUUGAAGAGAUGUCCUGUUUCCUCGUAUGAUCAAGUGCACAAUGUAGUCAUUAAAGAGCUUGGUGGACCACCUGAGAAAAUUUUUGCAGAAUUUGAUCCAAACCCACUAGCUAGUGCAUCCCUUGCACAAGUUCAUGCUGCCAGAACACAUGAUGGACAAAAAGUUGCUGUAAAGGUGCAACACACUCACUUGACAGAUACUGCUGUUGCAGAUAUUGCCACUGUGGAUUUGCUAGUGAAUUUCUUGCAUUGGUGUUUUCCUGCAUUUGACUAUAGGUGGUUGGUUGAUGAAAUUCGUGAAAGUGCACCCAAGGAAUUAGAUUUUUUGUUUGAGGCUAGGAACAGUGUCAAAUGUUUGGACAAUUUUAGAAGGCUAUCUCCUCGUACAGCACAUAGCAUAUAUGCUCCUAAAGUCUAUUGGAACCUGAGUACCACUAGACUUUUGACUAUGGAAUUUAUGGACGCUGCGGAAAUUACUGAUGUGACUGCUAUACGAAGCCUUGGACUCGAACCAGUUGAUGUUUCAAAAUUAGUCACCCGAGCUUUUGCAGAGAUGAUUUUUAAGCAUGGAUUUGUUCAUUGUGACCCACAUGCUGCCAAUAUGAUGGUUAGGCCUUUGCCAUCCAAUAAAUGGAAUAUUUUUGGGAGGAGAAAACCACAAUUGAUACUACUUGAUCAUGGUCUCUACAGAGAGCUUGAUUUUUCAACUAGAACAAACUAUGCUGCACUUUGGAAGGGUCUAGUUUUUGCCGAUGCUAACGCCAUCAAGGAAAAUAGUAUAAAACUUGGUGCAGGUGAGGAUCUUUGUGCUCUAUUUGCAGGAGUACUCACUAUGAGGCCUUGGAAAAAGGUCAUCGAUCCAUCUGCAGACCAUCUGGUCUUGGAAGGCAACGAUGGUGACCGUUCAGAACUCCAGAUGUAUGCUUCUCUGUAUUUUCCUCAAAUAUCAGAGCUGCUAAGGAGACUUCCACGUGUAAUUUUACUGAUGUUGAAAACCAACGACUGUUUACGUGCUGUCAAUCAUGUCCUGCUGCAAGGAUCUUCUCUCGAUACCUUUUUUAUAAUUGGAAGAAUCGCUUCUGAAGCUGUGACGGAUUCCAAAAGAGUUGCAGUUAAAAUAUCCUUCUUGGGGAGCGUCUGUGUAUGGCUGGAAAUGAUGUUGCUCGAAGCUCGAAUUCUGGGUCUGAGAGUCGCGUUGCGGUUUCUACAGCUUAUGAAGAGCGAUUGAUCACAUCUUUUUUUUGGUCACGAUUUGAGUUAGUUGUGACAAUCUCGUUUUUAUUCGCCAAAUCAUGUUAUUCUUUUUCCAUAUUAUUUAAAAACAUAAAUAAAUAAAUUGUCCUUAUUCAUUAUGCCGAUAAAAUGUUUAUGUUCUUGUUUUAUUCAAACAAUCCAUCCAUCCUUUGGAGGAAGAUAAUGGUAGUUUAUGAGUGGUAUGGGAUUUCAAGGAGA